UUUCUCUCCCAUUGACUUUUGCUGUGAGGGCGUGAGCUACGUCACAUGAUUCAUUUGUCAGUGAAACAUGUCGUUCUUCGGAGGUAAUCCGUUUGCUACGCCUGUGGGGCAGAGAAUAGAGCAGGCAACAGAUGCAUCAUUGGCUUCAGAGAAUUGGGCACUUAACAUGGAAAUAUGUGACAUAAUAAAUGACACAGAAGAUGGACCAAAAGAUGCUAUUAAAGCUAUUCGUAAACGUCUGCAACAAAAUGCAGGGAAGAAUUACACUGUUGUGAUGUAUACUCUGACGGUAUUAGAGACCUGUGUCAAAAAUUGUGGCAAAAGGUUGCAUAUUCUAGCAUGCAACAAGGAAUUUGUCCAGGAACUGGUAAAAUUGAUUGGUCCCAAGAAUGAUCCACCUACAGCAAUACAGGAGAAGGUCCUAAGUCUAAUACAGAGUUGGGCAGAUGCUUUCCGGCACCAGACGGAACUUUCUGGAGUAGUACAAGUCUAUCAUGAUCUGAAGCAGAAAGGAAUAGAGUUUCCAAUGACAGACUUGGACACAAUGGCCCCCAUUCAUACCCCUCAAAGGAGUAUCCCAGAUGCUGAGAUUGCUGUGGGUGUGCCUGCACGUACUACUUCUGUAUCGCCUGGGCCUCCAUCACCUAACAGCGCCCCCCUGCCAGCACCCAGCACGGUUGUUGGCCCUGCAGGUGACCAGCAGCAGGUGACUGUGCUUACAUCUGAUCAACUGGGAAAGCUGCAGAGUGAACUGGAUGUUGUACAGGGCAACAUGGCUGUCCUUAAUGAGAUGCUUUCUGAGUUAACACCUGGCAAAGAACAUCCAAGUGAUCUGGAGCUAUUACAGGAAUUGCAUGCUACCUGUCAGGCUAUGCAGCAGAGGCUUGUAGAACUGGUUGGAAAAUUAGCCAAUGAUGAAAUCACUGCAGAAUUAUUGCGUGUCAAUGAUGAAUUGAAUAAUCUGUUUUUGAGAUACAAAAGAUUUGAAAAUAACCGUGAGGCCAGCAAUCCAGCAGCAGCUGCAGCUGCAGCUGCUGCUGCCGCCACUGCCACUGCAGCAGCUGCAAAGGCUUCUGAGGCAGGAGACUCACUGAUAGACCUGAGUGAAGAUGCAGCACCAACAAGCCUCAACACGAAACUUGCUGGUUUGAGUUUGGGCAGUGGAAAUGCUACUUCUCAGUUGAGUAUGAUCAAUACUGUGCCAGCUCAGUCAGGAACACAGAAAGAUAUGAAAGAAAAGGAGGACAAGGACUUUGAUAUGUUUGCCCAAUCAAGAAAUGUUACUUAUGAAUCGUCAAAAAAAGGAAGCAGUAGCUAUCAGGAUAAUCUGGAGCCUGACCAGUUAAAUGGAGCCCUUGGAGCAGUAGCACAGACUCGCUCUCAGCCAGUCGAAGACUUGAUUGCGAUGCAUAACGAGAGUGACUUUGAUGAAAUGGCUGCAUGGCUAGAUGAAAGGCCUGCACGAUCUAGUGGCAGUGGAGCAGCUCCCGAGGAGUCACUGACUAGCAGUGAAUUUGAGCGAUUCCUGGCAGAGAGGGCAGCAGCUGCAGAGGCUCUUCCCACUGUUACCAACAGCACAACCAGCACAACCUCUACACUACAGGGACGUUCACAUCACCGGCAGCUUAAUAAGGAAGCUGACUCUGACAGCUCACUGUUUGCCUUGUGAGGUUAUUUGGUUAUACAGCUUCACUGUUUCUUUGCAGUCCAUCAUAUUCUUGCAGUAUAUGUACUUACGUGCUUCAUUCAGACAUGACACUAAGUACAUGCAGAAUGGGGAAACUAUUAAAGGAGAGAGUAUACAUAUUGGAUAUAAAGAGUAGCUUUUAAUUAUUCAUUUGAGACUGUAUCUAUGUUAAAACUGGGAAAAUGUUGUUAGCUCAUGAUGCACCCAUCUUGCAGUUUAAUACCCCUGACCCUCAAAUUAUGCAGGUAACAGAUGUUACUUUUUGUUGUUCAUCUUUUCUGUUUGAAUGAAUGAAGAAUAUGAAGCAACUGCUUGAUGUACCUGUAAUGUAAACACGUUUUGAUGUUGUUACUGCAUUGUUUUCUCCAUUGAUUGUGACCAGCAUGUAUUUGGUCAGGUAAUGGAUAACUGACUGCAACUCAAAUAAGUUUUGCAAAAUAAAUAGUAUUUGCCUUGCUGCAAAUCCACAGUGCUUUCAGAGACUUAUCAUAUGUUCAACUACUAUUGAUGCUUUUAAAAUAUGACAGAUGUAUUCAGUGCUUUGGCCUAAUCAUCAAUGAUAGCCUUGAUCUUUAACAUUCAAUAUUAUCCACUCUUCAUGCAGGGCUUCAUAAUUGUAAUUUCUUGUUCAUUUUGUCAUAUCAUAUACAGGAUCCAAAUUAUAACUGUUGCUUCAGAUUAAAUUAUUCAUUUAUGAUGUGAAAUGGUGAAUAAUUGUUCCACAAAUAAUAUAUAUUUCCAUGUUAUGUAAUGAAUACAUUGAUACAUUGUGAUGUUUAUUAUUAUGCAAAAUGAACUAUUUCUUUAAAAAGUCUUGUUCAGAGUUUUGAUUUAUUGUGUUGCUUGGGCUAAUUUUAAAUAAAUUGUUAUCCAGUGCAGACUGCCUUUCUUAUAAAAACAAAUUCAGUUAAUUUGAUUAUCAUUGUAAAUGAACUUAUUUAUUUCUAACUUGUUAAUAAAUACAGCAAUUAGUAGUAAA